CCACGCAACCAUACAUGUGUCUGCAGAACUCUGUAGCCGCUUCCUCAGCUCGACCGAUUUGCGAUCCAAGGGUAAUUUGAAGGAUUCUGGUUUCAGACUAGCUGCUAAAGUGGUAAAGAUGGAUUCUGAUAAGGGCAUCUUGGAACACACUCCCUUGCAAAAAGGGGAUACCUGUGACUGUGAGAACAACGCGUCCUCCCAGUCUCCACAUGAACAAGGUAUGAAGAAAAGACCUGCGAGAUCAAAUUUGUACGAAAUCUGUGCUGCAAACCAUUGGAAGCCCCCUGUAUUUAAAUGUUACAAACAGGAUGGUCCAUGCCAUCAGAUAAUGUUUACCUUCAAGGUUACUAUUGAGAUAGAAGAUGCAUCCGGGAACAUUAUAGAGUGCUAUGGUGCCCCUCAUGGAAAAAAGAAAACAGCCGCAGACCAUGCAGCUGAGGGAGCUUUGUGGUACCUAAAGAAUAUAGGUUAUGAGAUGAAGAACCAAUAAAACAAUAUAUUAUUGGAUAUCAUCAACACUCAUGGCUUCGCAUUCCCCCAAAUUUAAUUCAUUCUUCGGUGAUGCUCUCUAGACUCGGUUGCCAAAUCUCAGAAGACCAUGCUUUCUUAGGAGAUCCCCUACAGUCAUUUCCUGUCGAAUCUUGCAUCCUUCUACUAGUUAGCUUAUUGUCACUUGAUAAACCACCACUCUUGUACUUAACAUCUGUAUUUGAAUUUCUUAUAGCUAAUACAAUUUGCGGCUUCUCGCUUUUGUUUUGAGAA